AUAGCAGAAACUUGCUCCGUGUAAGCGUUCGAAAUUAUGUACUAGAUUACAAAUUACUCUUCGUGGUACAUCUUGGUUUGAACAACAUCCAUCUGGCGAAUUCGAUUAUGGCGCGAAUCAACAUUGUUUUUGUGGUCGCCUUGCUGUGCGGAACGGAAGUAAGCCUUGCAACUGGAAUAACAAACACAGAUGGACCAACUACAACCCCUAUAUCAACCACAACUGGGCCAACCUCAACCCCUACACCAACAACAACUGGCCCCACGACAACUACGAAACCUACAACUACUAAACCUACAACUACUGCAGCUGCAACCACAGUAAAUUCAACAACUGAGCCUACAAUCGCAACAACAAGCAACAUGACAACUGCCAUAAGCAACAUGACAACAACCAUAAGCAACAUGACAACGGCCCUAAGCAACAUGACAACAAUCAUAAGCAACAUGACUACCACUACAAGCAUGACUACGCCAUCGGGUGGAACAACCUCGGCUCCAAAAGCUCAAUGGCAGGUGAAGGAUGAGGAUGGCAAGCUGUGUAUACUCAUGAACUUCGGUGGGACAAUAAUGGUGACUCGAAGCUACACUGUGAAGAUUCCACCAGAUGCUCACGUAUCAGGAAAUUGCAGCUCACCUUCCCAUUCAGCAUUCUUUCUGUACUUUUCUGAAGGAUCUGGGCUUUCUAUACAAUAUUGGCGUUUUGGUCUGACCUUCGUCAUAAGAGGGAGCUCUUUCGAGCUUCAAAAGGUGGAAGCCUCGUGGUCUACCAUCUCCUCGGCACUGUCAUCUUCUUCGUCGGGGAAAUUUUUUGACGUGCCCGUCGGAAGCUAUUACAACUGCACCGAGUUCAACGUCAGACUGUCAUUAUUCCAGCUCAACCUCACCCAGCCUUCGUUCCAACCGUUCGUCAAAAAGACCAAGGGAGGAGAUAAUAUGGGAGAUGCCUACCAAUGUCGGCCUCCAUCUGCAGACUCCGCGGAUCUCGCCCUCAUCAUCGGGAUCGCCGUCGGUGUCGUCGUGGUAAUCAUCGCAGCAAUCGUGGUUACAGUCUACUUGGUGAAAAGAGGAAAGAGUCCAUCUGCCAGAGGUUACAGUAAAGAGCCCUGAUCUGACCUUUGACCUCUGACUGCGAUGCAAUGAGAUUAUGAAUUCACCGUAUGCAAGCAACAUACAUUUAGACAUUAUAACUUUGUGUCGACGGGAGGGGCCAGAAUAUUUUGAUGGGGGGGGGCAAGACGCAGUAAAGAUGACGUCUUUUUUCUGAAUUGAAAUAUAAUGGUGCCAAAGAGUAAGACUUCUACUUUUUAUACUCUGCUUGCUUCGUUUUCUCCGUUCACCAUAUUUUUUUUCAUUAAUCCUCUUUUCUAUAAACUCUUUUUCACUUUAAAAUUAAAAAAUCUAUCGGAUGGUUGCCCCUGCCCCCUGUGUCUCCGCCCCUAAUUCCGACUAUUAAUGCUUUGACCCCUAAAAGGGUGUCAGUCAUGUAAAUAAAAAAAAAUGCGUAUGGUUUUGAUGACCCGUAAUUUAAUCAGUGUCAGUGAGUUCUUCGGCAAGACUGCAAUUGGUUUAGAACGAUAUUCAAAUAUAGUAUCAACGAGAAGAAUUAACGUUUUCUAUAGUGUAGCUCUGUAGCAUACUUUGCCAUUCUUUUGACUGAAAUCAAAUAUAUUUUUUCAUCCUGCGUUUUUGAUAAUUUAACACUCUAAUAUAACCUUAAAUUUUUUUUAUUCGAUUGUAUUAUAAAAUCUCAUUGUAUUAUCGAUGCUACUUUACCUUUUGGGCAUUUUUGAUAUCAAAUAUUCAAAUCCAAAUUUAUUUGAAAUGAUGAACAUUACCAUUACCUGGUUAUGUUAAAACAAUACCAUUACCUGGUUAUGUUAUCAUAAAAUAUGAUUAUGAUAAUAAGUAUCAUUAUACAUAUAAAGGACGGUAUGGUUAUAAGUAAUGUCACUAAUUUAUUUUAGUCUAUUUUACGCCUCGGGGGACUUGUUUUACUGUAAAAAAAAUCUAGAUAUUACGUUCGAGCAAAGCAAGCAAAAAGCAAAUAUCUCUCUUGACGUUAAAAGUUUUCUUUAUUUUGGAGGGAGGUCAUCAAAAGUCGUGUUACAACUGCCAGUUUGACUCGUUUAUAGCCAUUUUCAUCUUGAUUGCGCGCAGUGCAACUGUGUUUGAAAGUGGGUAAUAAUCGAGUUCAAAUAGCCAUGUCCUAGAAGAUAAUUUGGAUGACAGAAAUAAUGUAAUGACAUAAUAUUAUCCACUCCAAAAAACGAGG